AUGGAGACGGAAGCGGAAAACGUGUUGGAUGCGCUCAGCCAUCGUAUUGUCGACGAGGUGUUGCCGGCGGCAGAGGAAGCCCUGCAGCAGCAAUUCGAGCGACUCAGCACCCAGAAAAAGGACUAUUCCAUCGAGGAGCCGUUCGUCAAACGCUCCCAACAGCCCAGCACCGAGCUAAAAGCCGUCGAACAGAGCGAGCACGAGUCACAGACCCUUGCGGACCGGCUUAGCGAUUCCGUUUCCGCGGCCUUCGCCUCGAUCGCCGACAGCGGGGUUGCCUUCAAAUUGCCGAAGCGG